UUGAUUUUGUAUGUAUUUUUGUUGUGUGCUGCUCAUUUAAUAUUUCCGAUGUAUCAAUGUGUUAAUUAACGUUUCAGUUGAAAAAUAAAUGCAUAACGUUCAACUUAUUACCAUGAUUAUUUAGUAUUUUUGCCAAUUGUGCUUAUGGUUAACGUAGUGUGAUGCUGAAGCCUGGUUGUUUUAUUUAUUAAUGUGGGUGGAGUAUAUCGUCGAGCUGUAAAAUGGCAGAAGAUGAAAUUCUUUUCGAUGAUGUUUAUACUUUGGGAGAUAUCGUCGGAAAGGGCCCACACAGUUUAGUACGCAAAUGUGUUCACAAACAAACUGAGCACCAGUUCGCCGUCAAGAUAGUUGAUGUUGCAAAGUAUUCUAGCAGUCCAGGACUUUCGACUGAUGAUUUGAAACGCGAGGCAACGAUAUGUCAUAUGCUGAAACAUCCUCAUAUCGUGGAACUGUUAGAAACCUACAGUUCAGAAGGUUUACUAUACAUGGUUUUCGAAUACAUGGAAGGAUCCGAUGUAUGUUUUGAAAUAGUUGAACGUGUUAAGGCUGGAUUUGUGUACAGCGAAGCUGUAGCCAGUCAUUACAUGAGGCAGAUUAUGGAAGCAAUAAGAUACUGCCAUGAAAACGAUAUUAUCCAUAGAGAUAUAAAACCUCACUGUAUAUUGUUAGCAUCCAAAGAAAACUGCUCUCCGGUCAAAGUUGGAGGAUUUGGAGUUGCGGUACAGUUACAAAAUGGCAAAGUUAUUAGUUCUGUUUCUCGUUCUCUUUCGUAUGAACAUUUACCCGAGUUGGAGAAAAUUGAAGUAGCUGAAAAUCAUGAGGCCAACGUAGGAACUGCUCAUUACGUUGCUCCAGAAAUAAUUGAGAAGAAACAGUUUGGUAAACCGGGAGAUAUAUGGUCUUGCGGGAUUAUAUUACACUUACUUUUGGCGGGUUCCGUACCGUUUGCAGGAUCUGGGGAACGACUUCAACGAAAUAUUUGUCGUGGCAGACUGAAGACGAAUACACCAUUUUGGGAGUGUAUAAGCGAAGCGGCGAAAGAUCUAUUGAAACGUAUGCUGAUUGUUGAUCCGAAUAAAAGAAUAACGGUUCAGGAAAUAUUGAAUCAUCGUUGGUUAAGGGAUCGGGAUAAAUGCGCUAAAAUGCAUUUAUCUGGUACGGUAGAAGAGUUGAAAAAGUUUAAUACUCGUCGUAGAUUAAUGGGUGCCAUAUUGAAUGCUGCUUCGUCGCCUAGAUGGGCCUUACUAUGUAACGAUACGUUAUCCGAUGUAGACCAGUUUUCUGAUUUUAAUUCAGACGAAGGCACUUCGAAAGCUGUCAAUACUAUAUUUGAUAGCAUAGAUGAUCUAAGAUGUUUGGAAAAUAUUAGUAUUGAAGACGAGUAUACAGUCGCUACGUUAUUUGAAGAUAAGCAAUUACACGCGUUGUUAGAGUUAUACGAUUUCAUAUCUAGUAAGUUAUUGAGUACACUACCUCGACCACCGAAGGACGCGUACUUCCGAUAUAGAGAGGUUAUUGACAUACUAAAGGAUAUAGACGACAGUUAUUCUUUUCCAAGUAACGAUAAUCAACUGAAAAGAAUCGUUCGCGAGCUGCUGGAACUUUUAACGAAGCCGCAUAUGAAGAUGCUGCUGCAAGCUCAUGACGUAGCAGCUCAAGAAAUUUACAGUGAAGAUGCCAUACGUGUUACUCCGCCACCACAGUUACCAUAUUUAAACGGCGGAGAAGAACUUGGAGCUGAUUCGCCAAAUGGCGACUGUGAUGUAGAGAAUGUUACCAGAGUGAGAUUGGUUCAAUUUCAAAAAAAUACCGACGAACCAAUGGGAAUUACUUUAAAAAUGACUGAAGACAAUAAGUGUUUAGUAGCAAGGAUAAUGCAUGGUGGCAUGAUCCAUAGACAAGCAACUUUGCAUGUAGGUGAUGAAAUCAAAGAAAUUAAUGGUAUUCCAGUUGCUAAUCAAUCCGUCAGCGCACUGCAAAAAAUUCUGAGGGAAGCCCGUGGAUCUGUUACUUUUAAAAUUGUACCAUCGUAUAGAAGCGCUCCUCCUCCUUGUGAGGUACAAUUGUUCAGGAUUAAACCUGUACCUGUUAUAGGGAAUUUUGUUUCGCAGAUAUUCGUUCGAGCGUUAUUCGAUUAUGAUCCGUUACAAGACGAUUUAAUACCAUGUGCUCAAGCUGGAAUCUCAUUUAAAGUCGGAGAUAUAUUACAGGUUAUUAGUAAAGACGAUCAUAAUUGGUGGCAAGCGAAAAAAGAUAACGUUGCCGGAUCAGCUGGUCUGAUACCAUCUCCAGAAUUGCAAGAAUGGAGGGUUGCCUGCGCUACUUCAGAAAGAGGCAAACAAGAAUCAGAAAAGGAUAAUGCCGGAUGCGCUUCUAAUACAGAUGGGUGUGACGCGACCUCUGUUAAUUGCUCAAUUUUUGGUCGGAAAAAGAAACAACUGAAGGAUAAAUAUUCAGCCAAACAUAACACCGUUUUCGAUCCUUUGGAUUUAAUUACUUACGAAGAAGUUGUCAAAUUACAAUCAUUCCAAAGAAAAACUCUAGUAUUAUUAGGUGCCCAUGGAGUUGGCAGAAGGCAUAUCAAAAAUACGCUUAUAGCUCGACAUCCGGAUAAAUACGCUUACCCGAUACCACAUACAACCAGGCCACCGAAACCGGAUGAAGAAAAUGGUCAUAAUUACUAUUUUAUUUCGCAUAACGAAAUGAUGUUAGAUAUCGCGGCUAAUGAAUAUUUAGAAUAUGGUACUCACGAAGAAGCAAUGUACGGUACGAAAUUAGAAACUAUAAGAAAAAUCCACGAAGAAGGAAAAAUAGCGAUAUUAGACGUUGAACCGCAAGCUAUGAAAAUUCUCAGAACGGGAGAAUAUGCUCCUUUUGUCGUAUUUGUAGCCGCUCCACCUAUCGAAACCAUUACCGAUUAUGAUGGUUUAGAAAGGUUGGUAAAAGAUUCGGAAAUGUUGCAACGCGCUUAUAAACACCUGUUCGAUAUUACCAUAAUCAACGAAGAUAUUGACGAUACGUUGAAUGAACUGGAACAUGCGUUGGAAAUAGCUCAUACGACUGUUCAAUGGGUACCAGUCGCUUGGGUUUACUGACAGUGUGGUAAAACAAACAACGACGAGAUUGUUAGCGUAAGUUACAAAAGUUGUUGUUGAUCGAGACCUUUAAAAAAACACAAAAACUGAAGAAGAAUCCGCGACGUUCUACGAUUGGAGAAUCUUACGCGUAAAGGUGUACCUACUAGGUCUUUAAAUGCGUGUGUACGUGUAGGUAAAGGUAUCGUACGUAUGAAGGGUUUACAUCACAAAUAAUUUAUCCAUACAUAUAAAACGCAGGGCGUAUAAAACAAUCAGAUUGUUGUUAUUGUUGUUGUUUUUUUUUGUUCAACCAUAUUAUACCAUAUUAUUUUCAAGCAAUACAAUGAGCUCAGCUAUUAGUUAUUUACGAUCGGAAUACAUAAAUGUAAUAUUUCGUGUACAGAUUUCGCGAAUUUUUUUUCCUUUCUUCCUUUACUUUUUCUUCCUUUCAUAUUGAUAUUCGAGUUCUUUUCGAGGCUGUAUUAUGUGUUUGGCCGAUUUCUACUCGCAUUUGUAGUUUGUAAGAGCUAUAGUGCGACGAUAAGUGUAGAACUUUGGUAGAAAUGGCGACGAGUUGUUCUCUUAUUUUCUUUUUCUUUCUCGUUCUACAUAUUUUACCUACCUAUUUAUGUGUUUCACGGCGCAGAAUUCACGACUCAAAGUCAUAGAGCUAUUGUCGAGUUCUGUAGGCGUACUUAUAUGUUCUGUUCAUAAUUUUUCUUAUUUUUUUUUCUCGUUUAGCGAUGUCGAAUGUGCUGUAUUGAGUGUUCAUUGAUAAUAAGAAUGAAACUCCCGAAACUCGAGUUUAUUAUGUAUGAUUUUUGUAAUGACAAUAAUUCGAUUAAAGGAAUAGCGGACCAAGAACGAGGUCGAGUAAAAUAAAUACAAAUACGUAUGCGGGUCAGAGUUUUCGGCGUCGUUCAGUUUCCUUUUUAUGUACGAUGAAUUGAUUGAAAGUUACUAUAGUAUGUCGGUUUCGGAGAAUUGAACGACAAAAGCGUAAUUUGUGAUUAUAUAAAUGGCGGAAUAAUGAAAAUAACGACGCGAUAAAAAAAAUCGUUUGGUCGGAUGAAAAUACGGUUUAAAUUUUGAAAAUAAAUAAAUAAGCGAAGUGCUCGUGGUUUUUUAAAAAUAAAAUAAAAUAAAUCUUAAAACGUAAUUAUCGAGUGUUGUUUCGGGAUUUCUUUAUAUUGUUUGUUUAACAAAAACCAUAUGGUAUAGUUCUCGUAGAUGAUUUUUAAUAUGAUGAAUGGAUGUUGCGAAAAUCUUUUUGUACAUUAGAAUUACAUAGAUAAUAUUUGUUAUUUGACCAUGCUGAUUUGUAUGACAAAAUUUGUCAGUGUACUGAAUAAGAUUGUAAAUGAAAGCUUCGACUAUAUACUAUUUAACGUAUGUAAUAUAAAUGUAUUUUUAUAUGUU